UAAACUAUCUCUACAGCUACGAUCCUGUUUUCCAUUUUCUCUACUUGAUUUCUCCUUCGUUGACGCACAGCGGUCUUCACUGAUGCUGCUGUUACCGUCUACAUCAGAGACAUGACUCGGAGCAGGAACAGAUACACUAUGGCAAAGCGCGUUUCACUGGAGCGCAAAAUACGCACGGCCGUUUUGGCACUUCUGAUUUGCGCGCAGGCUGGUUUUGGCUUCUCGGUCGCGGGACAGCAGGAGAGCACCUGCGAGGCCAAUGGUAGCCUAUACUACGUCGGGGAAUGGUACUUUCUGGACUCUGAUCACUGCACCCAGUGCGAGUGCACCGCCGAGGGCUCCGCCUGUGCCCGCACUGAGUGCACCUCUCUCCCGGCUGCGUGCAUCCAUGUCAGCCACUACCCCACAGACUGCUGCCCCAGGUGCGAGAAGAUCGGCUGUGAGUACCGAAGUGUGGUGUACGAGCUUGGGCAGAACUUCCAGCCUUCAGAAUGUGAGCAGUGCACUUGUGACAGUGAUGGCAUCGCCCGCUGUCUAGUUGCAGAUUGUGCCCCCCCACCAUGUGUCAACCCUGUCUACCAGCCUGGGAAGUGCUGCCCUGAAUGCAAGGAGGGCCCUAACUGCUACGUGGAUGCGACGCGCCGUCAAGUGAUCCCUGCAGGAGAGCCCGUCUGGGUGGACUCCUGCACCAAGUGCCGCUGUCACGACGGCCAGGACGCCGGCUACUGGGAGGGGAACCGCCUCGCCACCUGUGCCCGCCUCAAAAACUGUAUACCUGAACAACCCCAGCAAAACUGAUAGUCCUCUAUCAGCAGGGAGCCAGCUGCUGCCUUGAAGUACACGUCCUUUAAAGGCUGACAACUUCUAUGUCAGAGAACACGCUGUACUGUCCUGUGCAGAUAAAGCCAGAUGUUACAAAAAUAAAAAUAUAAACAGCAAACCAAAGAAAUAAGGACUGAUUAGCUGCCACUUAACGAGGAUUAUUCGUCCAACAUGAAACAAACAAGCCUAGACUUCAAAUCUUACAAAUUGAGUAGAUGAUUGUUAAUCAGGUCAAGGAGGAAUUAAACCUAUCUCCAUUUAAAAAGAAUUCAUCAUUAAAGAAACAAAAAAGUGACUUUGCUCCAGAUGUUUGAACUCUAAUUUUAUCUGCUUUUCCACAGUUUAGAUGAGAUGAUCUUUAGAGAGAGAGAGGGAGAGAGAGCAUGCAACGUGUUUUUAUAGGUGGUAGUUACCCGGGAGCCAUUUAAAGCCGCAUAACAAAGCCAAUGAAUGAGAUUACUGGAUGAUAAGCAAUUCUAAUUGACCUGUCACAAGUCGAUGCAGAGCCAAGGCGCUCGCACGGCCGUGAUGCAAUUUAGACUAGGAAGUGGCUGAGCGGAACAAUGGGCAGUUUUCUAACUGCGCUAUGAGUCUUUGUAGGUUGAUUUCCACGCUAAUUGAAAUAUACCGACUGAGAGUGUGGCCUCACGUGCGAUUGUGCGAAAGCUGUGGUCUGUGGCCAAUAUUUGAGAGCAGGGCUUGAUCUAAUGGAAAUAUGGGGAUAUGGGAAUGGAAAGCGAUCUGUAAUUUACCCGCUUUAUUGUUUUGUUUGUUUUUCUCACGUGAAAGAAAACGCAGCAACUCCGCUACAAGCCGUACGAUGAAAUAUAUCGUCGUUUUAUGUACUUUAGGUGCAUGUAGCAGGUCUUCUGACAAUUAUUUGCCGCCAUCCACCACAUUAAUGAUUAAACGAAAGCCAAAAAUAGACCCCACUUGUUACACUGUGUGUUUACGCCAGUCCACCAGGAUGCUGCUCCAGCUUAACAGCCUUAAUUCUCCCUCAGUGGCUUUUACAAAUAAGGUCUGAGCAUCUUCUGCUGUAUUUGAAACUAUCUGGCAAGCCGGAAUUGUUUUUCUCGCUCAGUGUGUUCCCUCAGAUUAACCAAAUGAUGUUAUCCGUUAUGUAAUUAGUGAAAUUACUCAAGUUAACUGCCGUAUUUCAUUACUUUCCCACCAGUUACCAGUCAUUAUGCCAAGCUUAUCGGCUCUAGCUGCUUGCAGAAAAGUGCUCAACUCUUGUGAAUAAAUGCCUAAUUUUGUUUUUGUUUUGUUUUUUCCACAAGUGCAGGACCAAUCUAAAGGGACGUGAGUCACGCCCAUACAGCUUGUACUUUGUAUCUACUGAACAUCAGCUUCGCCAGAACCUUAUGUGAAGUUAUUCCAAAAUAAAACCUCUUUUCAUAUAUGUUGAA